GUGUAAACGGAAGUGAACAGUGACCAAGACAAAUUUCUACGUUAGCGUUUAUAUUGUUAAUUAGACAUGUAUUACACCAUGGAACUCAGAAUAUGAGUCAUUUAACUGCAGAGUAUCAUAAACUUAUCCCAUGUAGUCUUUCAUUCGCGUUGUAGACGGGCCUUGGUUGAUCGAUCUGUUAUCUAGGUAACGCUAACUAUCUAGCUGCUAAUGUUAGCUAACAAUGGCUAACUGUAUGGUUUUUCACACUCAAAUAGCCUCCAUCAUGGAGGUGUUAGCGAAUGCAGCUGUGGCAGAGGUCUGUAAACUGGUAGACGAUGACUAUGCAGUGUUUCGUUUGGAAAUAACUCAAAGCCAGAAAGAAAACAGCGCAUUGCGAAGGAAAGUACAGCUACUCGAACUGAAGAUGGUACGGGAACGCAUCCUCGCCACUCGCCCCGGUAGUGUCAAAAUCCUUGACCGAUACAGAGGAAUGGCAAGAGGAAAUCUCACUGGAGGCCACAGGAGCUUUGUGAAGCCAGCGGGACACAACACAUGGAAAGAUGACCAACCAAUCACUGUUGAUGAGGGGAGUGGAACCUCAACCAAGAAUGUUAUCGUGAUAGAGUCUGCAAAUGCAGAGGCUGCAGGUUCUGGGGUCAAGCUGGAGAGAUCUGAAGGAGAUGAGGACCCGCUGCACAGCAGAGACAUCCAGUCUGGAGCAGCUCAUGGAGUGGCGCUCCCUGUAGCCACCGAGGACUUCACCACCACUACUGCUGCGCCCCAGACCAGGACCCGAUGCAGCAUCACGGAGUCUGCAGUCCAUGAGGACCUGCUGAUAUCCGGUGUUGCUGGCACUUGAGGAGCGGGACACUAAUCUGGACCCCUAUAAGAAAUCCAGCUAUGCCCUCAGACGAACCAUCAAACAAGCAAAGUGUCAAUACAGGAUUAAGAUUGAAUCAUACUGCACCUUCUCUGACGCUCGUCGGAUGUGGCAGGGCUUGGAAACUAUUACGGACUACAAAUGGAAACCCUGCCGCGAGCUGCCCAGUGAUGCGAGCCUACCAGACGAGCUAAAUGCCUUUUAUUCUCGCUUCAAGGCAAGCAAUACAUAAGCAUGCACGAGAUUACCAGCUGUUCUGGAUGACUGUGUGAUAAUGCUCUCUGUAGCUGAUGUGAGCAAGAUCUUUAAACAGGUCAACGUUCACAAAGACACGGGGCCAGAUGGAUUACCAGGACGUGUACUCAAAGCAUGCGCAGACCAACUGGCAAGUGUCUUCACGGACAUUUUCAAUCUCUCCCUGACUGAGUCUGUAAUACCUACAUGUUUCAAGCAGACCACCAUGGUUCCUGUGCUCAAGGAAGUAAAGGUAACCUGCCUAAAUGAUUACCGCCCCGUAACAAUCAUGUCGUUAGCCAUGAUGUGCUUUGAAAGGCUGGUCAUGGCUCCCAUCAACAGCAUCAUCACAGAUACCCUAGACCCACUCCAAUUAGCAUACUGCCCUAAAGAUCCACAGAUGAUGCAAUCUCAAUCGUACUCCACACUGCCCUUUCCCACCUGGACAAAAGGAACACCUAUGUGAGAAUGCUAUUCAUUGACUCAUUGUGCCCACGAAGCUCAUCACUAAGCUAAGGACCCUGGGACUAAACACCUCCCUCUGCAACUGGAUCCUGGACUUCCUGACGGGCCGCCCCCAGGUGGUAAGGGUAGGCAACAACACGUCUGCCGCGCUGAUCCUCAACACUGGGGCCCCUCAGUGGUGUGUACUUAGUCCCCUCCUGUACUCCCUGUUCACCCACGACUGCGUGGCCAAACACCAUCAUUAAGUUUGCUGAUGACACAACAGUGGAAGGCCUGAUCACCGACAACAAUGAGACAGCCUAUAGGAACGAGGUCAGAGAACUGUCAGUGUGGUGCCAGGACAACAACCUCUCCCUCAAUAUGAGCAAGACAAAGGAGCUAAUCGUGGACUACAGGAAAAUUUGGGCCGAACAGGCUCCCGUUAACAUCAACGGGGCUGUAGUGGAGCGGUUCAAAAGUUUCAAGUUCCUUGGUGUCCAAAUCACCAAUGAUCUAUCAUGGUGCUAACACGCCAAGACAGUCGUGAGGAGGGCAUGACAAAACCUUUUCCCCCUCAGGAGACUGAAAAGAUUUGGUAUGAGUCCCCAGAUCUUCAAAAAGUUCUACAGCUGCACCAUCAAGAUCAUCCUGACCGGUAGAAUCACCGCCUGGUAUGGCAUCUGACCGUAAGACGCUACAGAGGGUAGUGCAUACGGCCCAGUACAUCACUGGGGCCAAGCUUCCUGCAAUCCAGGACCUAUAUAUUAGGUGGUUUCAGAGGAAAGCCCAUAACAUGGUCAGAGACUCCAGUCACCCAAGUCAUUGACUGUUUUCUUUGCUACAGAACGGCAAGCGGUACCGGAGCGCCAAGCCUAGGACCAAAAGGCUCCUCAACAGCUUCUACCCCCAAGCUAUAAGACUGCUGAACAAUUAAUCAAACAGCCACGGGAUUAUUACAUUGACACCCCCCCCCCCCUCCUCCAUUUGUUUUAUUGCUACUUGCUGUUUAUUAUCUAUGCAUAGUCACUUCACCCAUACCUAUAUGUACAAAUUGCCUUUAACCUGUACCCCCGCACACUGACUCUGUACCGCUACCCCUUGUAUAUAGCCUUGUUAUUGUUAUGUUAUUGUGUUACUUAUUUUUUACUUUAGUUUGUUUGGUAAAUGUUUUUUGUUGUUGUUUUUUAAAACUUUUUUACUCCUUUUUUCUCCCCAAUUUUGUGGUAUCCAAUUGGUAGUAGUUACAGUCCUGUCUCAUCGCGGCAACUCCUGUAUGGACUCGGGAGAGGCAAUGGUCGCGAGCCAAGCAUCCCCCGAAACACAACCCAACCGAGCCGCACUGCUUCUUGACACAACGCACAUCCAACCCGGAAGCCAGUCGCACCAAUGUGUCGGAGGAAACACUGUACACCUGGCGACCUGGUCAGCGUGCACUGUGCCCGGCCCGCCACAGGAGUCGCUAGUGCGCGAUGAGACAAGGAUAUCCCUGCUGGCCAAACCCUCCCUAGCCCGGACGACGCUAGGCCAAUUGUGUCGCGGCCAGCUGCAACAGAGCCUGGGCUCGAACCCAGAUUCUCUAGUGGCACAGCUAGACCACUGCGCCACCCUGGAAGCCCUUGUAAAUAUUUUCUUAACUCUUCUUGAAAUGUACUGUUGGUUAAGGGCUUGUAAGUAAGCAUUUCAGGGUAACUUGUUGUAUUUGGCGCAUGUGACAAAGUUUGAUUUGAUUUUCCUCUCCUGAAAACCCUGAGCAGUCGAGAGAUGGUGAACUCAGAAAUUGAACCUGAGAAAAAUGAUUUGUAAGAUCCUGCGCUAAGAGGUGAGGUGAAGUCUUCCAAGCCUCAACCGAAUCACCAGGAAAAUACUAGAGAUGACUUGGGCCCAGUGGGAGUACAAUUCUUGAGGAGAAUGCUAACAGAUACAUUGUGAUAUAGCUAGUUAGCAUUGGCUUGCGAAACUAGCUCUAACUUCCAUACUGCACAUAAAAAUGGUAUCCACUAGUUCAUCUGCCUGGGGAAGUAGUAUCCUGAAGUAUCCCUUUAAAUUGUACUGUACAGAUGGAAUGGAAAUCCCAGGAGAUUGAAUUGGUAGUAGCAGCAGAUAAGUUUUUGGGUGUCAUAUUUGAAUGUAGAAGGAACUACGGGGGUUUUGAGAGAAGGGGUUCCAGCCUCCCAGACUGAUGGUGUUGAUGUAGGACCUGUUAGGGCCAAAGUAGUGUGAAGGGGUGGUGGAGUGUGUUGGGGGAUAAUGCUAUAUAGAGAGCAAUUUUAAUGGUGUCUUUUCAUAGGCUCUAAAACCCUCCAUGGUUUGUUGUACAAAGCCUAUAGGGAAAUUAAUGGAGUUUUUGUAGGGUUUUUGGAUAAAUGCCGGAAAUAAGGUGUGUGGUAAACACAGGUUGUGUCUGAAUACCCAUACCAGUGUACUAUAUACUUAAACUGCAUGGUAUGUACUCAUCUCAGUGCUAGAGGCGUCACUACAGACCCUGGUUCGAUUCCAGGCAGUAUCACAACCAGCCGUUAUUGGGAGUCCCAAAGGGCGGCUCACAAUUGGCCCAGCGUCGUCCAGGUUAGGCCAUCAUUGUAAAUAAGAAUUUGUUCUUAACAGACUUGCCUAGUUAAAUAAAGGUA